UUAGUUUCCUUUUUCAACAAAUAAUUGAAUUCUACUUUGAAUAACAUGUUCUUCUUUUCUUCCUCAAUGUGUGUAGAUAUGGCUUCUGCAAACCUUCUGCUGUCUGAAAAUCAGUUCCUGUGCUCCGUCUGUCUGGAUGUGUUCACUGAUCCAGUCACAACACCAUGUGGACACAACUUCUGCAAAAAGUGCAUCAAUGAUUACUGGAAUACCAACAACCAGAACAUGUGUCCACUGUGUAAAAAGGUUUUCUUCUCAAGACCUGAGCUGCUCGUCAACACCUUCAUGUCUGAGAUGGUUUCUCAGUUCAGACAGUCGACUCAGCAGAAAGCCAGCAGCAGCAGCUCAGAGCAACAAGAGUCCAGACCAGGAGAAGUUCCCUGUGACGUCUGCACUGGAACCAAACUGAAGGCCCUGAAGUCCUGCCUGGUGUGUCUGGCCUCCUACUGUGAGACUCACCUGGAGCCUCACCUGACAAUGUCAGGCCUGAAGAGACAUCAGCUGAUGGACCCUGUGGAGAACCUGGAAGACAGGAUGUGUCUGAAGCACGAUAAACCUCUGGAGCUGUUCUGUAGGACCGACCAGACGUGUGUCUGCAUGCUCUGCACUGUGUUGGACCACAAGAUGCACAAUGUUGUUCCUCUGAAACAAGAAUGUGAAGGAAAGAAGGUGGAGCUGCAGAAGACAGAGGCUGAAACUCAGGAGAUGAUCCAGAAGAGACGCCUGAAGAUUCAGGAGGUCCAACACAACGUGAAGCUCAGUGAGGAAGAUGCAGACAGAGAGAAAGCAGAAGGUGUUCAGGUCUUCACUGGUCUGAAGGAGUCUGUGGAGAGGAAACUGAACGAGCUCAUCACUACGAUAGAAGAGAAGCAGAGAAGCACCAAGAAACAGGCUGAAGACGCCAUCAGAGAGAUGGAACAGGAGAUCUCUGAUCUGAUGAAGAGGAGCACUGAGGUGGAGAAGCUCUCCCUCUCUGAAGACCACCUCCACCUCCUCCAGAGUGUCCAGUCCCUCAACAUCCACCAUCCACCACCCACCAAGGACUGGUCUCAGGUCAGUGUUCCUCCAGCAUCACAUGAGGGGACUGUGAGGAGAGCUGUGUCUCAGCUGGAGGAGACGCUCAGUAACAUGAUGAAGACGCUGGUUGAAGUGAAGAUGAAGACGCUGGUUGAAGUGAAGAUAAAGAAACUGGUUCCUGAAACUGAGCUGAAGAGGGUCCAGAAGUUUGCAGUGGACGUGACUCUUGAUCCUGAAACAGCUCAUCAUUACCUCAUCCUGUCUGAUGACAGGAAACAAGUGAAACCUGCUCAGGUAGAGCAGCCACGUCUCCCCGACAAUCCACAGAGGUUCUCUCUUUGUCCCUGUGUUUUAGGAACACAGAAGUUCUCUUCAGAAAAACUUUAUUACGAGGUUCAAGUUAAACAAAAGUCUGAAUGGUUUUUAGGAGUGGCCAGAGAGUCGGUCAACAGGAAGAGACUCUUCACACUGAGUCCUCAGAACGGUUACUGGAGUAUAGGUUUGGGAAAUGGAAAUGAGUAUGAAGCUAAUGCUGGUCCUCCAGUUGUUCUCUCCCUGAAGACUCGGCCUCAGAAGGUGGGGGUGUUUGUGGACUAUGAGGAGGGUCUGGUCUCCUUCUAUGACGUAGGAGCUGCAGCUCUCAUCUACUCCUUUACUGGCUGCUCCUUCAAGGAGAAACUCCUCCCAUUCUUCUGUCCUGGUCUUAAUUAUCAUGGUGGUAUAAACUCUGCUCCUCUGAUCAUCUCUCCUGUUGGAGUAAACUAAUCACUCUCUUUGGUUAUUAUAAUGAUUUAGUUCAUUGAAGAGAAUAAAUGUACAUAUCUUGUCUUAAUAUCAUGCAGUUGAACUUGACAUCUUACUGUUUACUGUUUUGAUUGAUUUACACGUCAUUAUUAAAUGUAUCCCGUUACAAAUAAACACAUUAAUCUCUUAAACUCUGCAUCAUGACACAUUAAAUGUAGAAUUUCAAUUCAAAUCGUUGUUAAAUCUAAGACAUUUAUUUCCACGUCCAGAAGAUCCAGAAAAGUAAAGCCUGGUUGACAGAAGUUGUUUCAUGACAAAUAAAUUGUAUUCUGUGACUUUCAUAAUAAAAGAUAUUU